AUGGCGCGUGGUGGGAGCAACGUGUGCGGGUUCUCCCUGCCCACGGUUUGCUUCGUCCUCCUCACCGGGCUCGCCGUGUCCGUGACGCGCGGGGGAAGAUGGCGCGUCGGCCUGGGGGAGAGCGACGUGGUCGAGGUUGAACCGUCGCCGGCGCGUCCCUCCCCGCCGUCGCCCGCGCGACCCCAUCAAGGAUCGACGCCCCCCGCCCCCACCGAUCCCACCGAACGGGGCCUGAAUGUCGGGUCGCACAGGGCGCGAUGCCUGUCGGGGGACCUCAGCAGAGGCGACUGGGUCGCGUGCGAUCGCGCCGCUCACGCCGUCGCGGGGUGCGACCCCGCGGGAGGAGGAGGCGGCGACCGCGCGUGGGAGUUCUCGCCCCCGGCGCGAGAGCUAUGCGAGGCGUCGAAGAUCGAUCGGCACGAGUUCGCGUCGAUGCUCGCGGGCGAGACCGUCGCCGUCGUGGGAGACUCCGCCGCCAGGAUGGUCUACGCCGCGAUACUCCGCCUCGCCGCGAAAGACGCCGACGCGUGGCGCCUGGACACGUCGCAGAAACACAGGGACUGGACGCAUCAGCUGGCAUCCGACGGCGCCGUGGCGACGUUCGCGUGGGCGCCCUUCGCGCAAAACGUGACGUCGCGCCUGCGAAACCUGUUCGAGGGAGACGACGCGCGGGGACAGGGACGACCGCCUAUAGCGCUCGUCAUGGGCGCCGCGCUGUGGCACGAGCUGCACGUCGACGAUUUAGGGGAGUACGGGGCGGCGCUGGCGGAGUUAGCGGAUGCGCUCGCGUCGCCGAAUUUGGCGGGUAAGGUGAUGGGCGCCGGCGAGUCUCGACGGGGGGGUGCCGAGGGUGCCGAGGGUGCCCUUUCGGGUGCCCUUUCGGGUGCCGAGGGUGGAUUCGCGGACGAGAGCGCGCGGAGGAGGACCGUGGCGUUCUGGCUCACGCCGAGCCGCACGGUUUCGGCGAAGUUCACCGACGAUCGCAAGCGCGAGAGGAUGACGCCGGAAAACGGCGACGCGUACGCGAGAGUCGCGACCGAGUCGCCGCUGUUCGAGCGGGUCGCGCCCACGGGCCGAACCUUCGUCGUCCCGGUGGACCUCGGAACCAUCACAGCGUCGUGCGGGGCUGGGUGCACCGAGGACGGGAUACACUACGCCCCGGCGUCUUACGACGCGGCGGUGCAGAUCAUCGCCAACGCGCUCAGAGCCGCGUGGACUUGA